AUGUUUGGCUCUGAUUUCCCACUAAUGAGCGAUUCCCCUUAUCAAUGUGUGACGCUUCCUCGGGGGAGGCCACGAAAAUUUGCACAGCUGAACAGCAACUUGCAGAUUCUAAACAAUUACUUCGUCCAGAUCAACACAACUCCGUCGCGGCUUGUGGAAGAAAGGGCCCAGUGUGGCGAUGGAGAAGCGACGUUCUUCCAUCAGACUCCAGAAGUGGGGUCGUUGCAGAGAUGCAGAGAACGACGAGCAGCCAGGCUAGAUCAGCUCCACUAA